AUGAAUAAUGGACGACAUUUUCACACAGCAUCCGUAUUAUCAAAUGGAAAAGUAUUAGUUACUGGUGGAAUUGGUAUUAGCGGUGUUUUAAAUAGUGCUGAGCUGUAUGAUCCCUUAACAAGUACUUGGACAAUAACUAGUAACAUGAUUAAUGCACGAUCUGAACAUACAGCAUCUGUAUUAUCAAAUGGAAAAGUAUUAGUUACUGGUGGAAUUGGUAUUAGCGGUGUUUUAAAUAGUGCUGAGUUGUAUGAUCCAUCAACAGGUACUUGGACAACUACUGGUAACAUGACUAGUGCACGACGUUAUCAUACAGCAUCUGUAUUAUUAAAUGGAAAAGUAUUAGUUACUGGCGGAUACAAUGAUAAUAUUGGUUAUUUAAAUAUUGCUGAGCUAUAUGAUCCAUCAACAGGUACUUGGACAACUGCUAGUAACAUGAGUAAUAUACGAUAUUGGCACACAGCAUCUGUAUUAUCAAAUGGAAAAGUAAUAGUUACUGGUGGAGCUGUUACUGGCAGUUUUUCAAAUAGUGCUGAAUUGUAUGAUCCAUCAACAAGUACUUGGACAACUACUGGUAACAUGACUAACACACGAUAUUGGCACACAGCAUCUGUAUUAUUAAAUGAAAAAGUAUUAGUUACUGGUGGAUAUGGAACUGCGGGUAUUAUUUUAAGUAGUGCUGAACUGUAUGAUCUAUCAACAGGUACUUGGACAGCUACCGGUAAUAUGAAUAAUGCACGAUAUUAUCACACAGCAUCUGUGUUAUCAAAUGGAAAAGUAUUAGUUACUGGUGGAGCCAAUGGUAAUAUUGGUUUAAAUAGUGUUGAAUUGUAUGAUCCUUCAACAAGUGCUUGGGAGACUAUUGGUAGCAUGACUAAUACACGAUGGUAUCAUACAGCGUCUAUAUUAUCAAAUGGAAAAGUAUUAGUUACUGGUGGAUUGAAUAAUAAUAUUGGUCAUGUAAGUAGUGCUGAGCUGUAUGAUCCAUUAACCAGUACUUGGACAACUAUUGGUAGUAUGAAUAAUGCACAAAAUUCUCAUACAGCAUCCGUAUUAUCAAAUUGA